AUGGCGACUGCUCUUCAGCAGCAGUUGGCUGCCAUCGCCGCCAACAGCACACAUCAACUCGAUCUCAAGGCGCAGAAGGCUCGCCAUGCGAAAUCGCUCCUCUUCGACCCGCGAGACGCUUCGACGCAGACCUUCGAUACCAUACACCAACUAUGUCUGGAGGGCUUCGAAGAGCUGUGCCAGCUCGACGCACGAUUCAUCCCGUUUUCCCGAAGUUUGUUCAGCGAACAGAGCAAAAGCGAGGAUCGCACAAGCAUGACCGCCAAAGAAAACGCUGAGCUGGACAAAGUGAUCGAGCGAUUCUUGGCGCUGCUGGGAGGCAGGCUGCUCUUGAAGCCAGCAAUGAAAGCGGCCGAGUGGCUUGUACGGAGGUUCAGAGUGCAGGAAUACAACACCGAAGCGGUCCUCUUCGCUUUUCUGCCAUACCAUUCCUCGCCCAUCUUUACAGCAUUGCUCUCCAUUCUACCACACCAGCUGCCGCCGACCUUCCGAUUUCUCCAUCCAUAUGUCACACAGCAAGCCCAGAACCCGCCCCGACAUGCCAUCGUCAUGGCUGCAAGCAAUGUCUCGGCCUUCUUUACAGCAUUCAGUCAACACGUGCUCAGUGUUGCCCAGGCAAAAUACCAUUCUGCUCUGCUGCUCGGCUUUUGGGCAAGUAUCACCGCACAGGCAGUGAAUGCCAUGAUCGAUGCUACCCGCUCAGGUAGAGAGACGGUCCGAAGACAAAAGGAGGAAGAUCUGUUGCUCAAACUUCUGCCCAUUCUGCAAUCUGCUCUGGGUAUCAAAGGCGUCCCGGAGCUGUAUCUCGGAUCCUGCAUGAUAAUGACAAUAGUGGCCACGAAAGCAUCUUUGGCUGACAAGGUCCUCAAUGCGAUGAUGGAGGCCGUCGCAACUGCUUGGACGGAGCAAAUAGUGGAAGAUGGCAUAGUGUGUCUAUCUGUCUUGGCCGAGGAGAAACAGCAACUCCUGCUUUCCAAGCCCACUUUCCGCGCGUUGCUUGACGAAGCUGAGCUCCUGCUGACUAUAGAACAUGUUGGCGCGAAGUAUCGUGUAGACAAAUUACUCACCGGCAUUGCUGUCAGCGCGAUCGAUGGGUUGACACAAGGCGAAUGCGCAGAUGCGUCGGCGCUUCUGACAGAUCUGCUAAAAUCCGAUGCCUUACCCGAAGAAGGCAAGUUGCUGGUGCUGGAGAAUGCUAUAACCCAAGCUUCUCAAUUGCAACCCUCCGGCGGUCAAGCCAUAGUGGCAGCCGUGACGCGCAGCGUUAGUGAGAACGAGGUGGCUGGUCUACUACAACAAGCAUCGCAAAAGGCUGGCAUCAAUCUCGCUCAACUGGACUCGGAUCUCGCUCUCCAAAUACAACAAGGCGCAAUGGAGAGUGAGGCAGAAGCUGAGCCUGAACCUAUGCUCAUCGAUCAUGACGUGGAGAUUGAUGCCAAUGAGAGCAAUCUUUCCUUGGGCGACCUCCCAGCCUUACCUUCCAAGGACAGUUCGUUCCUUGAGGUCAAGCAUGAAAGGCUGUUCGGUGAAUACGCUUCUGCGUUUCAAAAAGUGUCACUCGCGAAAAGAGACCUAGAAACGCUUCUCAACGCACCUGCGCUUCAGAAAUCCUCCGCAUUCGAGCAGCCGAACUUGUUGUCCUUCCUUGCUCGUGUCUGGACAAGCGAGCUGCCAUCUUCAACCAAAUCAAGAGCUCUACAGAUCGCUCGGGAUCUGUUUGAACAGUUCGUCCUGCAAGAUCACGUUGGUGAUCUCCAGGCUUUAAUUCCCUAUCUCAUCUCAGCCCUCGCAGAUUCUGCAAGCUCCGUGCGUAAUGCAGCAGCUGCAGCUUGCAUUAGUCUGGAAGCCAUCUACAGAACGAUGAAGAAGUCCAAGGCCGACGCGAAAGUCUGGGCCAAGGACGACGUCUACGGAAAAGAGAGCUCCACAUUGCACUGGCUUACUCACGCGGACGCUCACAAAAUCCUUUCAGACGCGCUGCUACCCAUCCUCGAAGAUUGUGUCGUUGAUCAGACCUACGUAGGACAGGCCCUGACCGACAUCAUCAAUGCCCCUUCCAGCGCCGCCAGAUCAGACCGCAAGGAACUCAAGCAAGCGUCACGCGCCGCGCUGUUUUCCAACCUCGCGAGUCACGUCGUUCUCACCCCGGUCGUUCGAGUCAAGUUGAGUCUCUUGGAGAUUCUCAAAAAGGUCGGCAAGACCGCCGGCUCAUCGAGGACACAAAUCUUGCUUCCUUACAUUAAACAUUAUUUUAGUCAGCUGGCUUCCCCUGCAAAUCAUAAAGCAUCGCGUGAUCUAUGCAAGAUGCUUCUGGCCAAUGUCUCGAGCCGCAGCUCGGACGAGGUACAAUUCCUGAAAGCGUUGGCAAUCGGGGAGGUUACCUCCGUAACAGAGUGCUGUGCCCUUGGCUUCUCACGACUUCGCCAUCUCUGGUCUAGCAUGAAAGAAGCGGCUCAGGAUGAUCUCGUUGGCUGGCUGGUCUCCCUCAGUCUCGACUCUGGCGCCUCACAGGAAGUUCAGACAGGUGCAGUAGAGACACUCAGAGCUUUGCAAUUGCCAACUCGCACUCUCGUUCAGCUAGUCGAGACUCUGCCUAGCGUCCCGGAACUCCAAAGCCAACCGCCAUCAGCCAAGAAGCGAAGGACCUCGGACGUAAUCAAGUCUGGCAGCAUCGACAAGCAGAAGCUCCAUCUUGCCAUCAAGAGAAUCACGUUCGUCUUGGAAUUGGUCGAGGGCGCAAAGCCAGAAAAGCACCCUCAAUUACUGGAGGGCCUGUUCUACAUCCUGAGUGAGCUGCAUCACUAUAAGAGCUCGCUGGAGUCGGAGCUGGUCUACCUGCAAGGUCUGCUGAUCAACAAUCUGCUUUCAGUUGUCAAUGGACUUGUGUCGAGCCCAUUUAAGGACGUAGACAAAUCUGUCAUCAGGGCGGACCUGAUCGUCGAGUGCGUCAGGACGACUUCAAGCACUCAGGUGCAUCAAGCUGCCUUGCUUCUGAUGUCUGCCUUGGCCUCUUGGGCGCCAGAUCUUGUCUUGCACAGUGUCAUGCCAUUGUUCACGUUCAUGAGUGCGACCAUCCUGAAGCAAGGUGACGACUACAGCGCGCAUGUCACCGACCAAACUGUCUCCCAAAUCAUUCCACCUUUGGCAGCCUCUUUGAAGAAGAGAGGUAGAGAUCUGAUCUCAGGCGCCGCUGAGCUUCUCCUGAGCUUCACCGCUGCGUUCGAACACAUUCCUCUGCAUCGCCGGGCUGGACUCUUUCACAAUUUAGUGGAGACUCUUGGUGCUAACGAGUCGCUGUCCGCUAUCGUAGCCAUGCUCAUUGAGCGAUACCCUGAAGAUCCUACAGCACUUUCAUUUGUCUCAUCCCUGAUGGAAAGGUUUGCGCCAUCCACACAGUUGGUCGCCGUCCAGCGAAUCCUCGAUCUAGUCUUCGACACACUGAGGGCAAAGCGAGGCCUGUCAGACACCAUUCUAGGCUAUGCGGAGAAAACUGCUGAGCAGGCAACAGCUUCGACUGCCGUACUUCUGGAAGGGUUGGCAUCUACGCUCUCCAAUGGAGCACUGCGGAAACUGCUUGCUAAGGAACUAAAGAAGGGAGGCGAUGGAGCUGAUGCUUUGCGUAACAACUACUCUGUCAUUCUCGAGAGGGCGAUGCAACUUGAACUUCAGCUCAAAGCUCACGGGCAGCUCAGUGACAGUGCUACCAAUGUCUUGACCUCGCUGCUCGGACUCAUGCCUACUAGUGACUUCAUAGAAGCCAGCGGAACUCUUAUGCAGGCAGGCUCUGACGAGAUCCGCCGCCAGGUCUUCUGGUCACUGGAGCAGCGCGUCAAGGCCGCUAAGCGCGGUGAUACGGCGCUGCAGAAGAUCUUUAUCGAGCUAUUGCCGCAGUGCGCUCUUUUCGUGGCUCAGAGUCAGCCCGUACAGACCCGCCUCGCUGCGAUCAAGUGCAUCGACUGCAUCGCUGACAGGUUUGGAAAGACUGAUCGCGCGUCACUUUUCCGCGUGGCUCAACAAAUUGCAGGCCAACAUGCGCUGGGGGCUGGUAGUGGAGAGCAGGGCCUCAGGAUGACCUCUGUCCUCUGCUUAGCCAGCAUGAUUGAAGUUCUUGGAGAUGAGUUCAUACCAAUUCUGCCCAAAAGUUUGGAGACCAUCACUCAAUACAUGGACGAAGCGUAUCGCAAUGACGAGGAUGAGGAAGAUAUAGAAAUGCUCGAUGCAGGCUUCAGCUUCGGUCUGGCCGUUCUCGAUCACAUACCCUGGAUGUUGUCAGGUCAGCACUUGAAUCGUCUGCUUGCUCUUGCUGCUGCUUCGGGCGAAACGCAGGCACUAAGUUUUUCAUCCUUGGCCGCGAAGAAGCUAUCCGCCGACAGUUUUCUCGCUAGUCUGAGAGAGACGUGGGAAGAAGUCGUCACGCUGUCGAUUGAGCAGGAUGAAGAUGCAGCCCUCCGCCACGUCGGAGCACUGCGCCAAGCCGUCCAGCAUUACACAAAGGCAACGGUUUCGAAGAACUUUCAGGUUUUAUCCGAGCUUUUACUGCAAGCUCAUGAUCUUCGACGAAUACUCACGGAAUCCGACGCCGAAAAUGAUACGACCAGUCUCUCCGAGUUAGUGAACUCGACGACUAUGGAUACAGUCUUGAAGCUGAAUGAUGCCACGUUCCGGCCAUUCUUCGUCCGAUUCAACGAAUGGUCUAGCGCUCGCAAAGGAGAACUCGCUACGACCCUCCGAAAGACAAGCUUCUUCAGCUUUGCUCUCGCCUUCUUCGAGCAACUCAAGUCUCUUGUGACCGGUUACGCGAGCUAUCUACUCGAAGAUGCUGCCUCGCUCCUCCAGUCCUUAUCGCCGACCUCUCCGCAUGAACGCGAGCUGCUGCACAUAGUCCUGGACGCUCUCGCCAGUAGCUUCGCGAACGAUCAGGGCGACUUCUGGCAAUCACCAGAUCAUUUCAAACCCAUCGCGGAGCCACUGAUCUGUCGCCUUCAGCGCGCUUCAAAGACUGAUGCCACUCAGCACAUUGUUCCUGCCAUUGUCGAACUCGCUGCUGCUGUGCAGUCGCCAGACCUUCACAAGGAGAUGAAUAGGAUCAUCAUGACCUACAUGCGCCAUGAAGACGCCGCUGUUCGACUGGCAGCUGUCAAGUGCGAGAGAGCAUUGACAGAUCGGCUGCAUAUUGACUGGCUUCACUUGCUUCCGGAAAUGCUCGCGUUCAUCUCGGAAUUGCAAGAAGACGAUGAUGGAUUUGUGGAGAGAGAGACACUUAGAUGGAUUCACCAGAUCGAGGAGGUCACGGGCGAGUCGCUUGAUAGUAUGCUGCAGUAG